CGGUGGUAUAGUACUUCCGGUGCAGCUGCAUUUCUGCGGCCAUCGGCUGACGGCACGGAAGUGCGGGUGAAUGCUGUGCGAUGCCCUUGGAGGUCACGUGGCCCUUCCCACAAUGCCCCCGGCUGGGCUGGAGAAUAUCCAGCAGAGUGGUCAUGGGCAUGGUGGGCUCAUACAGCUACCUUUGGACCAACUAUUUUAACUCUUUGGUGGUGCACAACCAGGAUGUUUUGAUGGACCUGGUUGAUGAGCGUCCUCAGGACACGCCUCUUAUCACAGUGUGCAAUCAUCAAUCUUGUAUGGAUGAUCCACACAUCUGGGGAGUCCUGAAGCUCCGGCAUCUGUGGAGCUUUAACAGGAUGAGAUGGACACCUACUGCCUCUGACAUCUGUUUCACAAGAGAACUGCACUCCAGCUUCUUCAGCAGAGGGAAAUGUGUGCCUGUUGUUAGAGGAGAUGGAGUAUAUCAGAAAGGAAUGGAUUUCCUCGUGGAAAGGCUGAAUCAAGGGGAGUGGGUGCACUUAUUUCCAGAGGGUAAAGUUAACAUGACUGGAGAGUUCAUGAGGAUAAAAUGGGGAAUCGGGCGUUUGAUUGCAGAGUGCUCUCUUCACCCAAUCAUUUUACCCAUGUGGCAUGUAGGUAUGAAUAAUGUUUUACCGAAUCAAACACCAUACAUCCCUCGAGUAGGACAGCGAGUAACUGUUGUAGUUGGAAAGCCGUUCACAGUCAGACAUCUGGUAAAUGCCCUGAGAGCUGACAACACAAGUCCGAUGGAAAUGCGGAAAACACUGACAGACUUUAUUCAAGGGGAGUUUCUCAGUUUGAAAGCCCAGGCGGAGGCGCUUCAUCACAGGAUACGGAAACACUCGUGACCCAUGGAGGGACGUUUUACAGAAUAAAGGGCUAUUCAGGACAUUACCCAUUAGCUAACCCGGGCCUUACAACUCAGCGUAGACACUGAGGAGAAACAAUCAUACAGAUGACUACACCCAAAGAGGUUUACAGCAUCCUUUUAAGUAAAAUUAUAUCCAUGGGUGUCCGUUCGUUUAUGUGUGGACAGUCAGACAUGGGCUAAAGGAAAACAUAUUUUGUUUUUGUAGAGGAGUUACACCUCUAUAGAGAAAGUAAAUUAAUUUUGAGCAAUGUGCAGGACUUCAGGAGACAUGUUGUGUGCAAAUCAGUGACUGGAAAUGCCUUGUAGACUGUGAAGCAGGAUAUGUUGCAUUCUUACAGUCAUUUUAUUUUUAUUUUAAUUGUACAGAAUACUUCAACCAUCAAAAAUAGCAGCAUUUAGAAUGAUGAAGUAACUCUUUUACAUCAUAGCAUGUCAGCGAGUCACUCUUUUUUUCUUUGUAUGGAGUUUCCUAAACAUCUGAAUUUGUAUGCGCAGUUGUCAUAGCUGGAUCAGUGAUUAUCGUGACAAGAAGUCAAAUUCUUGAUUUAAAGUGGGACUGCUGAAGCAUUUAGUAAUUUUUUUAAUUACAGAUUGAGACAUUUUAAAUGGAAGAUACUAGCUGUUAGAUUUUUUAUAUUUGAUACGGUAUUUGACUGUAAAUAUACUGUAAAUACAGAAUAAUUAAUACAGAAAUACUGUAAAUACAGAAUUAUUUCAGAAUAGGCAUUUGUGCCUAUUGCGGAAUAUAAUUAUUCCCGUUUGCCAUGUCAACUGAUGAAACAGACAGAAUACUUUAAUAUCUGAUGUACUAUGAUCUCUAAACAAAAUCAUAAACAUGAUGGAAAGAUCGUAGAACAUGUUUAUGAAAUACAUUUUAGAGGUAGAUAAACAUUUGAUCUGUUGUUCAAAAUAAAAAUCCUUAAAGUUUUGCUAAACUG